UUUAUUUUUUUUUGAUUCGAGUUGGACUGUGCUUUCCACUUAUCAUAUUAUGAAAAACGGUCGUGGCAAUGUCUAUGAUGACUAUGAUGAUAAGUAUGAUAAGUUAGAUCAGAAACGGUCUUUCAAGACUAUAAAUAGAUUAAUAAUUCUUGGCACAAGUAUUUUAUCAAUUUAUGUAUCAAUAACAAAGGAUUUGGACACAACAAUAAUUGAGCAUGAGACUACUUCCAAUCAAAUUGUUGAUGCUUUUCGACAUGCCUGGAAGGGAUACUCUCAAGAUGCUUUUGGUAAAGAUGAAUAUCAGCCACUUACACAUUCAGGUCGUAACUGGAUACCUGGAGGAAUUGGACUAAUGAUGAUUGAUUCGUUGGAUACACUCAUGUUGAUGAAUCUUACUAAAGAAUAUAAAGAAGUACGUUCAUGGAUUGCAACUCAGUUGGAUUUUAAUAAAGAUCAAGAUGUGAAUGUAUUUGAAACAACUAUUCGUGUUCUAGGAGGUUUAUUAUCAGCCUAUCAUCUCUCUAACCACGAUUCACUUUAUCUGGAAAAGGCAGUCGACUUAGGUGAUAGACUAUUACAAGCCUUUAAUACAGACUCAGGAAUCCCCUAUUCUGGAAUUAAAUUAUCAAGUGGUAAGCCAAUAGGAGUUGGUCCGAGUAGUACAGCAGAAGCAACCACGAUCCAAUUAGAAUUUAAAUAUCUUAGCCAUUUAACAGGUGAUAUGAAAUAUUGGAAAGCAGCAGAGAAAGUAAUGGAGCGUAUACAUGAGCUUGUUGAAGGAAAAGGCACAGGUGUAAUUGAUGGUUUAGUUCCUAUUUAUAUUGAUGCUGUAUCGGGUAAUUUUGUUAGUGGACAAAUUCGAUUAGGAUCACGUGGUGAUAGUUACUAUGAAUAUCUUUUAAAGCAAUACCUUCAAACAAAUAAAACAGAAAUUAAAUAUCGUGAAAGAUAUGAUCACGCGAUAGAUGGAAUUAAGAAACAUUUAAUCCAAUACAGUUAUCCAAAUCAAUAUUUAUACAUAGCUGAAUUAUUGGAUAGUUCAAAGCCUAAAGAAAUAUAUCCUAAAAUGGAUCAUUUAGUUUGCUUUAUGGGAGGUAGUUUUGUAUUAGGUGCAACAGAAGGCAAAUCACUUUACGACUUGGAUCUCUUAACUAAUAAAAGAGACAGAGAAGACUUUCAAUUAGGACAAGGGAUAACGAAAACAUGCUAUCAUAUGUAUAAUAUGACUGCUACUGGAUUAGCAAGUGAAAUUGUUUAUUUUAAUACAAAUCCAAAUAGUGAAUCAAAAGAAGAUAUUGGAAUUCAUAAAAGAGAUACACAUAAUCUUUUACGUCCUGAAACAGUUGAAAGUUUAUUUCUAUUAUACAGAAUUACAGGAGAUGAAAAAUAUCGUGAAUGGGGAUGGAACAUAUUUGAGUCCUUUGAAAAGCAUACAAAAUUACCUGAAGGUGGUUAUGCGGCCUUAAAAGAUGUUACUCAUAUCCCAGCUCCAAUGUAUAAUAGAAUGGACACGUUUUAUUUAGCUGAAACAUUGAAAUACUUAUAUUUAUUAUUUAGUCCAAAUGAUAUUAUACCAUUAGGUCAAUAUGUGUUCAACACAGAAGCACAUCCAUUACCUAUCUUUACACCAUAAAUUAUAUUAAAAUAACGUAGCUUCUUCUCUAUUUUCCCACGACUGCUUAAUUCUUCUUUUUUUGCGGGGUAAACGUUAAUUAUAACAAUAUUUUAUAUGUUUAUUUUUUUUUUCGUUUUGUAUUAUUUUGUCUUUUUUGCUUUUCCCUUACAUUAAUAUAUUUAUACAUAUAUAUAUAUAUAUAUAUAUACAUAUAUUGAAUGCAAGCAAAUACUAAAGCCUCAAUAAAACAAAAUACUACUGCAAGCUUUAUCAAUAAUAAUAAGAGCAGUACUCAUG